GGAACGGCUUGCGACCAACAGCCUGGCGAGGUGAAUAGAUCUGCGGGAUGGGGUCGGGUGGCUCCCUUGCCCCCAUCCUGGGUCUGUUUGAGCGACGAGGUUUCAUUUCAUCAGAGCAAGGCCAAGGCGGUCUGGAAUCGGGAACCGGAGGCUGACCCUGCACGGGUGGAGUUAGUGUUUUGGAAUGCCCCAACUUAUCAGAGGACUAAAGGGUUCAUAGGCAUUUAUUGGACGGCCUCUGCUUCCAGGCUUCGUGCUGGGAGUUGUGGGGAAUUCAGUGGGAAGAACAGCCUUGCCCCCUCCUCCCCUCGUUUGGAGGACAUAAAGAUUUAUACUACUUAGAGACUAACAUUAGGCAGUAAAUUAAAGGGUGGUCGAAGGUUAGGUUUUUUUCCUUCGAGAGAAAGUCCUUUGUCAUUAGUCAGUCUGCCUUCUGGCAUCGUGGAGGGUACUGUGGAAGCUAGUUUCUGAAUAGUACCCAAAUUCUAAAUAAUUUGGAGGAAAAAAAAAUAUAGGUAAAGGCGCAGCAAAGUCUUGAGUACUAAGUAGUAUGCUUGAGUUCUGGUUAAUUUUAAUGAAUGGAAGUAAGAAACCCCUCACCUUAAAGAAUUGAAGCAAAAAUAUUUCCAAAAUAUGUUCAUAUACCUUUCAGUUGUAGUAGGUAGAAGAUAUUACAUACAUUGGGAUCUUUCUUUAGAGAUUGAAGAGAAUGCUGUGCCUUACACAUCACUGAUGAUUUGUUAUCCUUGUACUGUCUGUUGUGAUUUAGAUUAAUUUAAAGAAGGUGGGUUAGGUGUCUCAUUGUUUUCUGGAGAAACUGCAUUCUGUUUUUGUGAUUUCCGUGGUGAGCGUGGUAAGCUAAAAGAUUAGCAGAGAGAGAGAGAGAGAGAGAGACCAGGUGGGGAGAGGAGAGAGAGAGGAUUUUAGAAAAAAGCCCCUAAACCAAGGGAAGGUCGCCUCCUACUGCUUUAGUCUGGUUUGGAAAUCCCAGGAAAUUUGGGAAGACUGGCUUUGCCACCACUGUUGGCUUGGUGACCUGCCAGGAUCAUGGAUUUUCCUGGUCACUUUGAACAGAUCUUCCAGCAGCUGAACUAUCAGAGACUUCACGGCCAGCUCUGUGACUGUGUCAUUGUAGUGGGGAACAGACAUUUCAAAGCCCACCGCUCGGUACUAGCAGCGUGCAGCACGCACUUCCGAGCCCUGUUCUCAGUGGCAGAGGGGGAUCAGACCAUGAACAUGAUCCAGCUGGACAGCGAGGUGGUGACGGCAGAGGCCUUCGCCGCGCUGAUUGACAUGAUGUACACCUCCACGCUCAUGCUGGGGGAGAGCAAUGUCAUGGAUGUCUUACUGGCAGCCUCUCACCUGCACCUGAACUCUGUUGUUAAGGCAUGUAAACAUUACCUGACGACACGGACGCUGCCCAUGUCUCCCCCCAGCGAGCGUGUUCAGGAGCAGAGCGCCCGCAUGCAGCGCUCCUUUAUGCUGCAGCAGCUGGGACUGAGCAUCGUGAGCUCCGCCCUCAGCUCCAGCCAGAGCGGCGAGGAGCAGCCAGCCCCCAUGAGCUCCUCGAUGCGCGGUAACCUGGACCAGCGGACGCCCUUCCCCAUGCGCCGCCUGCAUAAGCGCAAGCAGUCUGCGGAGGAGCGGGCCAGACAGCGCCUCCGACCCACCCUGGAUGAGUCUGCCAUUUCCGACGUGACGCCAGAGAAUGGGCCGGGGGUUCAUUCCCGGGAGGAGUUCUUUUCUCCAGAUUCUCUGAAAAUCGUGGACAACCCUAAGGCCGAUGGGAUGGCCGACAACCCGGACGACAGCACCAUCAUGUUUGACCAGUCUUUCGGCACUCAGGAAGAUGCCCAGGUGCCCAGCCAGUCUGACAACAGCGCCGGCAACAUGGCCCAGCUCUCCAUGGCCUCCCGUGCCACUCAGGUGGAGACUGGCUUUGAGCAGGAAGCCACAACCGAGAAGAGUGGCUUCCAGUGUGAAAACGCGGAGGUGGGCCUCGGUGAGAAGGAGCACAUGAGAGUUGUGGUGAAAUCUGAGCCCCUGAGCUCCCCGGAGCCGCAGGACGAAGUCAGUGACGUGACCUCCCAGGCGGAAGGCAGCGAGUCGGUGGAGGUGGAGGGGGUGGUGGUCAGUGCCGAGAAGAUAGACCUCAGCCCAGAGAGCAGUGACCGGAGUUUUUCAGAUCCCCAGUCUAGCACUGAUCGGGUAGGGGACAUCCACAUUUUGGAAGUCACCAAUAACCUCGAACAUAAAUCCACCUUUAGUAUUUCAAAUUUUCUGAACAAGAGCAGAGGAAGUAACUUUAGUACCAAUCAGAACAAUGACGAUAAUCUCCCAAACACAACUAGUGACUGCAGGCUGGAGGGGGAGGCCCCUUAUUUGUUGAGUCCGGAGGCCGGGCCUGCGAGCGGGCCCUCCUCGGCCCCUGGUGCUCAUGUGGAGAACCCAUUCAGCGAGCCUGCAGACCCCCACUUUGUCAGGCCCAUGCAGGACGUGAUGGGCCUCCCGUGUGUGCAGACCUCAGGCUACCAAGGAGGAGAACAGUUUGGGAUGGAUUUUUCCAGGUCCAGUUUGGGGUUGCACUCCUCCUUCUCCAGGGUAAUGAUGGGUUCCCCUCGAGGAGGAGCCAGUAACUUUCCAUACUACCGCCGCAUAGCUCCCAAAAUGCCAGUGGUAACUUCCGUCAGGAGCUCACAGAUCCCAGAGAAUUCUGCCAGUUCCCAGCUGAUGAUGAAUGCGGCCACAUCGUCAUUUGAAAACGGCCACCCUUCGCAGCCCGGUCCCCCACAGCUGACGAGGGCAUCUGCUGAUGUCUUGUCAAAGUGCAAGAAGGCCUUAUCAGAGCACAACGUCUUGGUUGUAGAGGGGGCUCGCAAGUACGCCUGCAAAAUCUGCUGCAAGACUUUCUUGACCUUGACAGAUUGCAAGAAGCACAUUCGUGUUCACACAGGUGAAAAGCCGUAUGCCUGCCUUAAGUGCGGCAAGAGGUUCAGUCAGUCCAGCCACCUGUACAAACACUCGAAGACCACCUGCCUGCGCUGGCAGAGCAGCAGCCUCCCCAGCACCUUGCUCUAGCCUGACCCCGAGAUAAUGCCGAUGCCAGAAUAGGACCGGAACUAAAGUCUCUGGCUGGUUGGUGGUUAAUGCCGUGGGGUUUAAGACUUCAGGCUGUGAGUGGCUCAUGCAAAUUUCGAAGACUAUCACAGAUGCUGCACUUUGAUGGUGCUGACACUGGGUCCAGAGUGAGCAUUCUCUGGACUAACAGGUGUGUAUAUACUUUUGAAAACAUCAUCGUUAGAUAGGCGUUUUAACAAUUUUUCCCAGUUUUAAAGACAAAGUUGUAAAAGGAGUUAUGUACUUAUUAAUAGGGAGCGACAAGUAAGGUAUUGUUUCUGUAUGUGCUGUUUUAGCGGUAUUUUAACCAACUUGUAUCAACGUUACAGUUUGGAAGUCAGAAGAGCUAGUGUUCGUCUUUGUUCUGAUGAUGUGGAGUCCUGUUUAGUGGGAUCUUUUACGGCGCAUUUACCCUUUGUUCCGUGCAGAUUUCGGGGGCCGGUCCAGCCUGACACAUCUCACCCAACGACAAGCCCGUUCUCUGCUUCGCUUCUUCACACACUCAUGCCACUUACAGCAUCUUUCCUGGGCCUAGAUUACUGUUUUCAGGUAAAAAAAACUAACCAAAAGUGAAGUCAACCCCCCUCCAUCGUGGGCUUUAUUACUGUUCUGUUCUAUGGUUUUAAAGUACAGACCCUGAGCUUCGGUUGUUGCCCCAACCCAAUACUUAAGGUUUAAAAUCCAGACACAGCAGUGGUCAUGGGUAAAUUUUCCCAUCUCUGUAAGAGGAUUGGGCAGCCCAGAACAUAGAAGCCACCAGGCAGCAUCUGAGACAGUCUGAGGAGACCUCUGGGUGACUGAACCUGGCCUUCUCUGGGCCGCCCCUGUGGCCUUCCAACCCUUUGGGCAGCAUCUGUUAGGCCGAGCCCUGGCUUGAGAACUUCCAGGGGAACAGCACAGGUAUUUGUCUCUGUAGAGCUCAUGAAGUCAGUUUAAUUCGUACAUGAGUUCAUUUUUUGUGCAGCUUAUUUGAGACACCCCAAACCAUUGUGCAUAACUGAGCAAAAUCCUUCAGUUCUUGUGUAUAGAAAAGUAGUCAGCAUGCGUCUUCUCUUAAUCUAGCAUAUGCAGUUUACAUGUCUGUCUGUGGAUAAACUCAUAAUGCUGUCAGAUUUAUCAUCUCCUAUGAACUGAUUCCCAGGGAGGAAAGGGAAGGCUUCCUUCCCAAAAGGGAAGCCUCUGGUCCCUCUCCUGACAGGGGAGGGGAGAGGUGGGGAGGCAGGCGGAGGCCAUGGGAUCACCUGUGAAGCUUGGUGUGUGUGUGGAAGAUUGUUAGUCGUCAUGCUCUGACGAUGUGAUGAGGCUCUACAUCCACCCCUCUGGGGAACCAGCGACUUGUGAGGUCAACCCUGGGAGGCAGGCGGGUCAGCGUGGAGGGAGGGAGGCCCUGCCUGGCCUGGGAAGAGGAGUCGGCGGCACAGAACAGCAGUCGCCCUCCUCCCCUUCCACCUUGAGGAAGAGGUGCCGGGAGGUGGCCCCCACCUGAGCUCAGGCUUCAGUGGGCUUGCCUCGGGGACUGACAGUGGCUGAAGCCCUGCCUCUCCACUGCCCGGUGGAGUCUGGAAUCUCUCAUCUACCUCUUAGUCAAUCAGUUUCUAUGUGUGAGAAGCAAGGCUGUGGGCCGGUGUCCUUGUACAUGCUGUAGCACUUAAAUAAUUCAGAGGUUCCCUGGAAGACCAGUCCCAGGGUUCUUACAACUGGUAGUUUCUACCUGAAUUUUAAGUGGUAUUGGGUACCUGGAUUUUGAUUGGUUAGCCUUAAUUAUAGCUUGGCAUAAUCAUUUCUGGUGACCAAAUCAUAAAGUUCUAUCAGGGCACCUGUGUCAGUGGUGCUAUGCUGGUCAAAAUUUGAGACUUUCAAAUAAAAGCUUUGUCAUAUUAAUGCCUCUAA